CUGCACAACAAGAUGGCGGCGGCGGCGGCGAGCGGAGCUGGCGGGGCUGCCGGGGCCGGGACGGGGGGAGCCGGGCCCGCUGGCCGCCUGCUGCCUCCGCCCGCGCCGGGGUCCCCAGCCGCCCCCGCUGCCGUGUCCCCAGCGGCCGGCCCGCCGCGUCCCCCAGCCCCGGCCUCCCGCGGACCCAUGCCUGCCCGCAUCGGCUACUACGAGAUCGACCGCACCAUCGGCAAGGGCAACUUCGCGGUGGUCAAGCGGGCCACGCACCUCGUCACCAAGGCCAAGGUUGCUAUCAAGAUCAUAGAUAAGACCCAGCUCGAUGAAGAAAACUUGAAGAAGAUUUUCCGGGAAGUUCAAAUUAUGAAGAUGCUUUGCCACCCCCAUAUCAUCAGGCUCUACCAGGUUAUGGAGACAGAACGGAUGAUUUAUCUGGUGACAGAAUAUGCUAGUGGAGGGGAAAUAUUUGACCACCUGGUGGCCCAUGGUAGAAUGGCAGAAAAGGAGGCCCGUCGGAAGUUCAAACAGAUCGUCACAGCUGUCUAUUUUUGUCACUGUCGGAACAUUGUUCAUCGUGAUUUAAAAGCUGAAAAUUUGCUUCUGGAUGCCAAUCUGAAUAUCAAAAUAGCAGGGAAAGGGACUUGAACGGACUGUAAGAGGGUGGAUGGCAUGUGCUUCUGACCUACCAAAGCAUCUGGAAAUUUCAGACUGCUCUUUGUCUCUGAGACUGUGUUGGGCAUAGCAUUGAAUAAAGUGUGGAUCCAUAAGU